UUCCUCUCUCUGCUCACCGGGUCCAAGAGGACCCGGCGGGCGGAGCGAAGCUGCUGUGACGUCACGGGAGGGGGCGUGAGGAAAUGUGCCCAGGGGCUGCCACCCGCCCGGGCCAGUGCUAGCGGCGCAGCCACCGGCGCGCUAGCGAGGCCACCCGCGCCCGGAGCACCAGUCCGCGGCCGGGCGUCAAUGAUCUGCAGGCUAGGCUAGCUCUCUCGGGGCCCAGGCUACCUCUCUCAGAGCGGCCAGUACGAGCCAGCCAAAGAAGCUCAAAGCAGAGCGCCACUCGCCAAGCUGCUGCGCUCCCGGGUGCCUGAUUGGGUAAAGGACAGCUUCUGAGUGCCGGAAAACACAGAGACCCGAGUGUUCGUGGAAAAACAAGAUGCCACAAUAGAUUCUUGGCCCCCAGAGCCCACUGAGGUGAGAAGAAGAUCUCUGGGCUGCUUGGUUCUAGACUGUCUGAAAAGCAGCCAUGGAGAUGACCUCUCAGCAAUUCAACGGGAGCCAAAUAUGGAUGCCCUCUCCAUUUGACAGUAACGGUUCACUGGGGCCAAGCAAUGGCUCCAACCAGACAGAGCCGUACUACGACAUGACCAGCAACGCGGUCCUCACCUUCAUCUACUUCGUGGUAUGCGUUGUUGGGCUGUGUGGCAACACGCUCGUCAUUUAUGUAAUCCUCCGCUAUGCCAAGAUGAAAACCAUCACCAACAUUUACAUCCUCAACCUGGCCAUUGCAGAUGAGCUCUUCAUGCUGGGGCUGCCCUUCUUGGCCAUGCAGGUGGCGCUGGUCCACUGGCCUUUCGGCAAGGCCAUCUGCCGGGUGGUCAUGACUGUGGAUGGCAUCAAUCAGUUCACCAGUAUCUUCUGCUUGACAGUCAUGAGCAUCGACCGUUACCUGGCUGUGGUCCACCCUAUUAAGUCAGCCAAGUGGAGGCGACCCCGGACAGCCAAGAUGAUCAAUGUGGCUGUGUGGGGUGUCUCUCUGCUGGUCAUUUUGCCCAUCAUGAUAUAUGCUGGCCUCCGGAGCAACCAGUGGGGGAGGAGCAGCUGUACCAUCAACUGGCCAGGUGAAUCUGGGGCAUGGUACACAGGGUUCAUUAUCUAUGCCUUCAUCCUCGGGUUCCUGGUACCCCUCACCAUCAUUUGUCUUUGCUACCUGCUUAUCAUCAUCAAGGUGAAGUCCUCCGGGAUCCGAGUGGGAUCCUCUAAGAGGAAAAAGUCAGAGAAGAAGGUCACUCGAAUGGUGUCCAUAGUGGUGGCUGUCUUCAUCUUCUGCUGGCUUCCCUUCUACAUCUUCAAUGUCUCUUCUGUGUCUGUGGCCAUCAGUCCCACCCCAGCCCUGAAAGGCAUGUUUGACUUUGUGGUCAUCCUCACCUAUGCCAACAGCUGCGCCAACCCCAUCCUGUACGCCUUCUUAUCUGACAACUUCAAGAAGAGCUUCCAGAAUGUUCUCUGCUUGGUCAAGGUGAGUGGUACAGAUGAUGGGGAACGGAGCGACAGUAAGCAGGACAAAUCCCGGCUGAAUGAGACCACGGAGACCCAGAGGACCCUCCUCAAUGGAGACCUCCAAACCAGUAUCUGAACUACCCAGAAACACAACAUGCGCACACACGAGCCAAGCCCUGCCUCCUGGCAGUGCAUUUGCCGCUCUCCUGCUUCCUGCCUCCCCUACCCAUCACUCCUGGCUUCUAGAACAUGAGCCCCCGGUCAGAGAGCAGGAUUUGAGCCUGCUUGGCUGAGAGGACAGCCCUCUGAGUGCUUCUCCCCUAAAGUGACCGUUUUCGUGCAGGCAGACAAUUCAAGGUCUGGAGGAGAGGACUUCAUCGCCUGGGUGUGACCUUGUGGAAAGCAGCAGCCCAGCAGAACCCGGAAAAACCCAACCUAAACCAAACCCGUGUGUGUGUGUGUGUGUGUGUGUGUGUGUGUGUGUGUGUGUGUGUUUAUACACUAUGUAAUCUUGUGAUCUGCUAUUUUACAUUUGUAUAUUCCCAUGUAUCUCUGCGGAGCCAGUACAUACAUGUCCUGUGUGUGUAAAACCAAGUAGCUAGUUCCUGUGUGUCUAGUAUAGGGUGGACAUUUACCACAACACUGAACCUGAAGAAAUGGACUCACCACAACAAAGCCAAUCGCGUGUAAGCUUCCGCAUUUCUCUUGCAUGGGCCUUUCCCAGAGCCAGGAGGAGCAUGAGCGGGAUGGUAUGUUCUUAUGAAUGUACGUGUUUGUUUAAAAAAAAAAAAAAGGUGAAAGUAAGUAAGGUACUUUUGUAUUCUUCUUCCCAGAGGGCCCCUAAGCUAUAAAUGUGUCUAGCCUCACAGGCGCUCCCUUGGUGCCAGGGUUAGGCAUUUCAUCAAUUUCAAACAAGUUAAGUCAAUGUAAGAAGAGCGAGGGAAAACAUACUGUGAGAGCCAGAAUAUAAACUCGCGCUUGCCUCUCAGAUACAAUCAGUUACUCAUUUACCCAAAAGGACUUAAAGGGCCGUGGCCAUCCAUCACUGUGUUUAUCAAGACAAAGCCUGCUUUGAUAUCAGAUUGUAUUUUUCUCUCCUCAAAUUGCUUUAGUUUUACUUAGGGAGCCAUUGGGGAAGCUGGGAUCAGUACCCUGAAAGGCGAAACCAGACUGGGAUGCUUGUGGGGAAACAAUUUUCUCCCCAGCACACACACACACACACACACACACACACACACACACACACACACAUAAAUAAUAACAA